ACCAAACACAUCACGCGUCGUCGUCUCUAACCCUACGAACCCUCUCUUCCUGUAACCGAGAAAAAAACUUGGGAGCUCCUCCAACGAAGUCACUUGCGAGCUUCCUCUUCACUAUCCGAGGUUCGGUUUUUAUAGUUAUGGGAGAAAGCCAGGCCAUGGUUGCUGAGGGCUAUAACGCUUCUGCUGCUACUGUGGAAUCGAAUGUUGAUUCAUCUCAAUCGGUCACUAAUGUUUCUUUGGUCAAUGGGACUAGUGGACCUGAAGGUGGUUCAACUGCGCCAGCUGAGAAUGGAACUGCAACAGAUAAUGUGCCUGUAACAGUUCCAGGAGCAGGACAUGUAGACAAUGCUGGUUCUACUCUUUCACCGGAAGAGGAGCGCUUAUGGAGUAUUGUAAAGGCUAAUUCUUCAGAGUUCAAUGCUUGGACUGCCCUGAUUGAAGAGACAGAGAGGAUAUCUCAGGACAAUAUAGCAAAGAUCCGGAAGGUGUAUGAUGCUUUCCUAGCUGAAUUCCCUCUGUGUUAUGGCUAUUGGAAAAAAUAUGCGGAUCAUGAGGCUCGGGUGGGGGCAAUGGACAAAGUCGUGGAGGUUUAUGAAAGAGCAGUGCAGGGGGUGACGUAUUCUGUGGACAUAUGGCUACAUUAUUGCGUUUUUGCCAUCAAUACAUAUGGAGAUCCAGACACGAUCAGAAGCCUUUUUGAACGAGCUGUGGUUUACGUUGGAACUGAUUUUCUGUCCUCUCCAUUGUGGGACAAAUACAUCGAGUAUGAGCACAUGCAGCAGGACUGGAGCCGCCUUGCCAUGAUCUACACCAGAAUAUUGGAGAAUCCUAUUCAAAACCUUGAUAGAUACUUCAGCAACUUUAAGGAGCUAGCUGAAACACGUCCUCUGUCCGAACUUAGGAGUGCUGAGGAAUCUGCAACAGUUACUGUUGCUAGUGAUGCUUCUGAAACUGCACCAUCUGAGUCUGAUGGAAAGGCAGAUGAAGGAAAAUCUCAAGCUGAUGGUACCUCUGAACCAUCUAAGUUGGAAACUGCUGGUUCAACUGAUCCUGAGGAACUGAAGAAAUACAUUGGCAUCAGAGAAGCCUUGUAUAUCAAAGCCAAAGAGUUUGAAUCUAAAAUCAUUGGUUUUGAAAUGGCUAUAAGAAGGCCUUAUUUCCAUGUGCGGCCUCUCAAUGUAGCAGAGCUGGAGAAUUGGCAUAGUUAUCUGGACUUCAUAGAGAGCGAUGGAGACUUCAAUAAGGUGGUCAAGCUGUAUGAAAGAUGUCUAGUAGCGUGCGCAAACUACCCUGAAUACUGGAUUCGUUAUGUAUUAAGCAUGGGAUCAAGUGGAAGUAUGGACCUUGCAGACAACGCCCUUACUCGAGCAACUCAAGUCUUUGUCAAGAGACAACCAGAAAUCCACCUUUUUGCUGCUCGCUUGAAAGAGCAGAAUGGGGAUAUAGCUGGUGCUAGAGCUGCAUUCCAAUUACUGCACUCUGAAAUUUCUCCCGGGCUUCUUGAAGCAGUAAUUAAACAUGCCAACAUGGAACAACGACUAGGAAAUGUGGAUGAUGCUUUCUCUGUGUAUGAGCAAGUGAUUGCUGUUGAAAAAGGCAAAGAGAACUCCAUAUUACUGCCGCUGCUGUAUGCGCAGUAUUCAAGGUUUUCCUACUUGGUUUUACGUGACGCUGAGAAGGCUAGGAAGAUUAUAGUUGAAGCACUUGAUCACGUGCAGCCGUCAAAGCAUUUCAUGGAAGCACUGAUCUUUUUCGAGACCAUUCUGCCACCACCAAGGAAGAUUGAAUACCUCGACCCACUCGUUGAGAAUUUGAUAAAGCCAAAUGUAGUCACCCAGAACACUGCAAGUUCCACAGAGAGGGAAGAGCUUUCUUUGAUAUAUAUAGAGUUCCUGGGUCUUUUCGGAGAUGUUGAGUCCAUUAAAAAGGCGGAAGAUCGACAUUGUAAGCUCUUUUUACCUCACCGGAGCAGGUCAGAAUUGAAAAAGCGUAGCGCGGAUGAGUUUCUCUCUUCAGAUAGGACGAAACUGGCCAAAACUUACAAUGAAACUGCGCCUGCUCAGCCAGUGUCUAAUGCAUAUCCAAAUGCACCGGCUCAAUGGUCGGGUGGUUAUGCUGCACAGCCUCAAGCUUGGCCACAACCACAAGCGGCUCCUGCACAACCACAGCAGUGGAACCCUGCUUAUGGCCAGCAGCAGGCUGCGUAUGGUGCAUAUGGUGGCUAUCCCGCUGGCUAUACUGCUCCACAAGCACCAACACCCGUGCCACAAGCCGCUGCUUAUGGGGCAUAUCCUCCUCAGGCAUACCCAGCUGCAGCUACAGCACCAGUGGCUGCCCCGGUCCAGCAACCCGCUGCUCCUCCUCCUCAAGCUUACUACAACACUUACUACUGAGUCUGUUGGUGUUGCUUGUCCUUAGCCAUUUUCUCUUUAGCUACUCAAGUUUAGUGUAUGACUCUUGUCUUGAUGUUUUUACAUGUCUCUUUUCUCGAUCAGUGACAUUAGUUUUACUUUCAAGUUGCUUGGAUUUCCGCCGGUUAUGAUACAGAUUGUAAGAGACAAGUUUGAAUUGAUGGGCCGGUUAGUGCGGUUUAAUAGACAGUCAGAAUUUGCUUUA